ACCAUCAUCGGCCAACCUCCCUAGCUGCUGCAUCCCUAUAAUUGUACCAUAUCAUUACCAAACUUUGCUCCUCUCUCUAGGCAUCUACUCGACGCCCUCCUCCUCACCCACACGCACAAACCCCGGCCGGCCCUAGCUAUACAGCAACCAUAUGUCAUAUGCCACUCAUGACCUAAUCACCAAGAUCCAUUUCUCUUCCAACAAGAACAGGCACAGUUCCAUUCUCAAUUUAGAAGUGCCACAUAAACUUGCAAUGGCUGCUACUGCCGCUGCGACCGAUCUUUCGCUCCAUAUCAGCCCUCCUUCGCCGGCCGACGCCGGGAGCAGUGGUGGAGGUGGUGGUGAAGCUUACCACGAAACAGAAGGCUUCUUCGCCGCCAAGCCGAAGCUGUGCCUUGGACUUGAGACGGCGACGGCACAACAGGAUGGCCAAAGCGACACCCAACAGCAGCGGCUGCACCAACCUAGCCAGAUCCAGAGGUUCAAGAAAAGCUCACCAGCGGCGUUAUCCGGAGGCACGACGAGAUCUGGGAAUGGCAGCGGCGGUGGAAAGAGGAGCUCCAGGGCACCGAGGAUGCGGUGGACGACGGCGCUUCAUGCGCACUUCGUGCACGCCGUGGAGCUCCUCGGCGGCCAUGAGAGAGCAACACCAAAGUCAGUGUUGGAGCUGAUGAACGUCAAGGAUCUCACACUGGCUCAUGUUAAGAGCCACCUGCAGAUGUAUCGAACAGUGAAGGGAACGACGGCAGACAGAUCAUGUGCUGCAGGCCAUGUCCAGAUGAGAGAUAUGGGCUUUCUGCAGAGGGGUUGUGAAGUGAAUGGCUUUGAAGCGUUUAACCACAUCACUACUUCGAAUACUAGAAUGCUGGCAGCAGGGAAGCAGGAGGUCGCCUGGUGCCUGCGGCCGCCCUUCGCACACCAAAGCGGGCUGCCGCUGCCGCUGCCCUGCCCCUACCUCAUGUCUGCCCACCAUAACCGCUACUUGCUCUCGCAAGAUCAUCAUCAGGGAUGGAGGAGAGGUGCGCAGCAAGACGUCCUGGGUCAGGACAACGUGGCACGGCGUCUGCACACAGGCCUUGCUGACACGGCCGUCAGGAGAUCGAAUUGGAGCGCAGGUGUCGCGAGCCGCUGGUCGUCGACGGCGGUGCCUUCGCCGUCGAUGACCGGCGGCAGGAGCAUCAGCGGCAGUUCAGAGCAAGGAUGCUGGAUGACGGCGAUGAACAAGCAGCAGCAGCAGCAGGCGCCAUCAAGGAUCGCUGCCGUGCCGAACCUAGAGAUCAGCCUGGGGAGGCAGGGGUGGCAACAUAACCUGCAGGAUCAGCAGCAGCGCAGCGGGGAGUCGGCGAAAGAGCUAACCCUCCUCAAGUGCUUGUGAAGUUAAUAUAUAGCUGAUUUGCAUUAUUGAUCGUUAAAUCAGUUAUUCCUACUUAAUUAUAAAAUUUCGUCGAGAAUGAGAUGUGCAAGCAAUUCAUCGAUCGAUCGACGACACUAUCUAGAGAGAGAGAGAGAGAGAGAGAUUUGGUGUUAGCUUUUUGUAGGCAUUUGUAGUUCUAUCCAUUCGCUUCUCUUUGUGGUAACGAAAGCGAUUUGACCUCAUGUUCCUCCUAUACGCGUAAAUAAAAAGGCCACCAAAUUAGUUACA